UAACAAGGCCUCUGCAAAAUGAAAGAAGCGAUCUGAUUGGUUGUUAUGGGCAACUGGGCAACUGUUCCUUUUCACCGGUUUUGAUGAAUCUCCCCCAUUGUACUUAUAUGCAUAGGUCCAAACUUGAACAACAAGCCCUUUAGAGCCACAUACAUCUGGAGCAGCAUCAUCCACUCUCUCCAUACACAGGUAGACGUGAAGAAGAGGAGGCAUCACCUGAAGUCUCAUCCGGAUUGUUUCAUUGGCUCAGAUGCUGUGGACGUUAUAUUUGCCCAUCUGGUGCAGCAUAAGUAUUUUGGGGAUGCAGAGAUCUCGCGCUCCAAAGUGGUGCGUGUGUGCCAGGCUCUUAUGGACUGUAAAGUGUUUGAGUCUGUGCUGAGUACUUGUGUGUUUGGGAGGGAGAAGAAGCGCUCGGUGUUUGAAGACAGCAGCUGCAGCCUGUACAGAUUCCUCAAUGUGCCCAGUCACCCCGCAGGAGGGAACGAAAAGGGCAAUGGGCACUGUACUCCACAGAGAUAUACAGGAAGGCAUGAACAGACCGCCUUCCAGUCCUCUCACCUCCAGUCACAGAACCUGGAAGAUCUUUGGGAUAACCUCAGUUUAACUCCUGCUGACCCAGCACAGAUGAAUCUCCCAAUAGACCUACCUCCUAAAGUUCUUAGUGAAGUCUGGCAGGAGCAGACAAUUCGUCGUCUUCUUCAGCUGGUAGAACUGCCGGUGUUGGAUUCUCUUUUGGAAAAUACCCCUGCAGGACAUAAGCCACAGUCAUCAAAGAGUGAGGAGCUGAUCAUGACCAGCCAGUACCUGGACAGGGAGAUUCUCAAGGCAUUUAGUAACUCUCAGGCAGAUGAAUGGGUUUCUGCUGCGGUGGAUUGCUUGGAGUUUCUCCCUGACCAUAUAGUGGUGGAAUUAAGUAGGAAUCUUCCUGAGCAUCAAGACAAAGAUGGGUCCUGGAAACUACUUUUGUUUGAGACCUUAAGCAAGUACUACAGCCAGAACAGAGUUCCCUUGGUUACUAACCCUUUCUUCGACAUUCACACCGGUAUUGCUGAGCUCUUGGUGAAUGGGAAGAAUGAAGCGGCAUUAGAAGCCACCCAGUUGUGCUUGAAGCUCUUAGAUUCCCAGAACCGUGAGGAAUUCCGUCGCCUUCUCUAUUUCAUGGCAGUUGCUGCAGAACCUUCAGAGUUUAGACUACAUGAAGAGAGCGAUAACAGGAUGACUGUUAAAAGGAAAUUCUCUAAAGCUGUCGUAAAUAACAAAAACCUCUCUAAAGGAAAGUGUGAUCUCCUGGUGCUCUUCCUCUUGGACCACCAUAAGGAUGUGUUUAAGAUUCCUGGGUCCUUGCAUAAGAUGGUCAGUGAUAAACUUGUAGCCAUACAACAAGGAAGAGACCCCGACAAAGACACAGGUUACACUUUCUGCCAAAGAGUUGAUAAAAGCGAGUUUGACAAAACAGCCCAGAAGACGACCCGGACAGAACUGUGGACAUUACUUAAAACUAUCUAUGAGAACUCUAAGCUUUCCCCCAAAGAGAAGAAACGACUGCUGGGACAGUUCUAUAAAAGUCACCCGGAUAUUUUCAUCCAGUUUUUUGGUGACAAAGUGAGCACUGUGUAUAUGUGAAAAAAAGGCAAGCCAAUGUUGUAAAUAACUAAUAUGGUGUAAAUGUAAAGUGUUAAUAUUGUAUAUGUUUCUAACAGUUUAUUUUCAAUGUUAAUAAAAAGGUCU